CCCCCUGCGCAUGUGUGCCUGUGUCGGCAUUGGUGAGAAAUCAGCGCUGGAACAGAUGAGGGAAUGUCAAACUUGUUGCCGAUGCCCGAGGCUCGACACAUCCGAUUCAAGGAUAAACGACAAAACCUUCCUGGAUCCAGAAGCAUUUGAUGGAACAGCGCGUGUUUUAUGGACGAUAUUAAAUAAAAAGGCGAUUAAUUUCUGUGCUGAAUACAUUUCAUAAUGUGACAACAAAAGGGAUCCAGGGCUCUCCAGUUACUAACAGCGCGCACACACAGCGUUGCAUUGAGUCUCCUCACAGGACUGAAAGCACGCUCGAAGUUCUCCUCGGAGGACCGUCGAUUGAAUGCAUUUAUCUACUCUUUUUGAAUUCAUGUAAGUGUUUUUAAUAUAGAAUAAUUAGUCGGGAUCGCGCGCAUUGCAUUGGAGAUGUGAACAGGGGACAUGUGGUCCGCGCGCUGCUUUGCACUCCUCUGGAUUUGUGUUGAACGACUUGGAGACGUUACGCAUCGAAUAACGAUGUAAACGUUUUUUUUUUUUUGAGAUGUGCAUUUUUCAGGGCCGUAGCUCUAAGGACAUACAAAGAGGAGUUCGCGUUUUUACGCUUAUGCUGGAAUUGAGUGACAAACAAACAGGAAUUUAAUCCCAGUGGACUGAAAAUGAACUCUAAUUAUAACAGUGCCGGAUUUCAUAUGAAAGGGCCAUCGGUAGCUGUGGAGCCCAUGAUGGGUCCGCUAAAUGAAUCCCCCAUACAGGGACUCAACUUUGUCUCAAAUAGAGACCAGUAUGGAUUCCAGACUCAUGGCCAUGGGGAUAUGCACGCUAUGGGAGUUCAGCCACAACAUCAACUCCACAUGCAAGGACCGUUCAACCAUCAACCUCCUAACCACGACCAGCAUUCACAUCUGUACCAGGACAGCGUCCCCUCUUGCCUGCACGGGGACAGACAUAUGGGCUUCAAUAACAACGCAGGUCACCCACAUAUGUUUGAGGGAGGAUUUGGUCAGCAGCUCGCAGAAGCACAGUCACGAGAAUGCAUCUCACAGCAGCAGCAACAGAGAAUGGCCACAAUGCCUGAAUUUCAACCACAUGGCCAUCCGAACGGUACCCAUGCUGUUCCAGCACCGUGUCUUCCACUAGACCAGUCACCAAACCGGGCCGCAUCGUUCCACGGCCUGCCAUCCUCGUCCCCUGAAACCCACAGACUGGAACAUUACAGGCUUUUUCCACAGGGCAGGAUGGGGGGAUCAGAGCACUGUUUUCCCUGUGAUCCUCUGACGGGGAAUUUCGACAUGACAGGAUUCUCCACUGCGGACUCUUCAGAGCACAAACUUCCCUAUUGUGAAACGGGGAACCAAGUGGUCGGGGGUCAUUUUUCCACUUGUAAUCGAAAUGGCUCCCGAGGGCCCAUGAUGGGCGGCUCUAAAGUUGACCAGCAGUUACCUCAGCAGAACGUGUUUUCGGACCGAUUCGGGAACCGGGGCAAAAUGGAUCCGGGGGUUAACGCUAGACACCACCUCAUGCCGCAGCAAAGACCGGGACCUGUCGCCAGGCAGAACCCUGGUUCCCCUGCGCUUCCACGAUUUUAUCACACUCCGGACUAUGUAGCGAACAAUACGGACGUUCAAGGUGGUGGCCCUAUGGUCCAUGUUCAGCACGGCCACCUUGACCGGCCCAUACAUAGACUGAACAACCAUAACAUGCAUCCCUUCGGGGAACCGGUGUUUGAUGUCCCCCAGCUAGCCCCUCAACCCCCACAUCACCCUCACCUCAGCUCACUGCCUUAUUUGAAUAUGGCAAAAAGGCCACGGUUUGAUCUCCCAAACGGCUCUGCUGGAGAGAGCUGCAGCCCCCUAAGCAACAGCUUACAUAAUCGGCCCAAUCUUGAGAACCACCUCUCCCCCUCAGCUUUCCCUUCUCCCAUGGGGGACUUUGCGUCUCAUGUGACGGAUGGGUUUCCAUCAGGCCCCCUACCCUUGAGCUCCGGCCCACAGCAACAGCAGCGACAGCAGAACGCGGCGAUGAUGAUCAAACAAAUGGCAUCGAGGAGCCAGCAGCAGAGAAUGAGACAACCCGACCUGCAACAGUUAAGUCUCCACGGGGACGGCACAUCAAACGGCAUGGUCUGCCGAGGCCCUCUGGGUAGUGUGUCUCAGUCCAAUUUCGAGAAGAAGCAUAAUUUUCAUGGAAACUUUGACAACCCCCACCUACCUCAAGAAAACUCAUGGUUUCCUGAGCCGCAGCAGCAUUGUAGAGAAACAAACACGCAUGCCUUGGAGCAGGCAGAGAAUGGACACAACAUUAUUUUUAGGCAAGGCGUCACAAGCAUGGACAUGCAGUCUUUGAAUUCUCCGGGAGCGCAUCAUCCAUUCGAAAAUAAUGUCAGUAAUCCUCUGCAUAUGCAGUCUCCCGAUGAGAGCAACAUGCAGUCAGGUGCACCCACAGACAGGAGGCCGGCUGAAUUCGGAGGAAUGGCGAUGAGGAGGCAGCACAGCUUCCCUCCUGGAGGGCCGAGUCAACAGGGAGCCCCCCAGAGCAAUCCUCCAGGAUUUAGCUCCUCUCCAGGGAACUAUCCCUCCCAUCCCGAGUACCUCUCCAGCCAGCACCUGUCAGUCAAUAAGCUUGGGGCCCUCUCUUUGGGGAAUUUGAACAAAGCCAGUACAAAAGACAGUGUGUUUGGCCAAAGCUGUCUGGCAGCCCUUUCCACGGCCUGCCAGAAUAUGAUCGCCAGCCUUGGGGCCCCGAACCUCAAUGUGACUUUUAAUAAGAAAAGUCAAAAUGAGGCCAAACGCAAAGCAGGCCAGGUUGAGCAGGACAUAAAUAGCAGUGGCAGUAGCGGCCCAGGGGCAGAGUAUUUCCAGGGCAAUGCUUCUCAGAAUAGUCAAACGCCUUGCUCUGGGAAUAACAACAAUACGACGGCAGGUCAAAGUGGUACGGGCCAGAUGGCAAAAAGGGAAGCGAGCACCCUUUCCCCGAAUGACAACAUGGAGUCUGGAUGUGAGGGAAAAAUGGCAACAGGCAAUGUCAAGGGGAGGGGGAAGAAGAGACGCGACAGCGGGCACAUCAGUCCCGGAAACUUCUCCCCUCCGUGCGGCGGUAACCCCGUCGUCAGUCCGACUCAGCAGGGUUCUGCUUUGAACGUGGGCAUGGAGGGCCCGGAGAGGUCCCUGGUCUCUCCUUCCUUUGGAAAGCCCGAUCUCGCCACCUCGAUGGACAGCGGCAUUCAAAGCGUGGGCAAGUCUGAUGGCGUUUCGCCGUGUAUGGAUUAUUUAGAUGAAGCCAGCCCCAACUACAGUGCUGAGGACCCGAGGCCUUGCAGAGCUGGCAUGAAGUGUAAUUCUGAAAACAGGACUGGCUACAAUGACAAUCCGUGCAUGGAACAGGUCCGGACGCCGCUAAGCAACCCGGGCCAGGACGAGGUUCAUCCUCUGGAGAUCUUGCAGGCUCAGAUCCAGCUGCAAAGACAGCAGUUCAGCAUCUCUGAGGACCAGCCGAUGGGAGGGAAAACGAGCAAAAAGGCAGACUGCCAGGCUGGUCUGAAUGGAGAGUGCACCUUGGCCAGUUCUAGCCCGGUCGCAGGCAAGGGCUCUGUGAAUACCAUUGACCUUGACUCUCUCAUGACAGAGCAGCAUGCCACCUGGUAUGUCCCUGGCAACAAGACUCUGAUAGAGGACCCCAGUAAUGACAAGUGCCUGGGAUACUGGGAUAGAGCACGGGGCCAGAGUGACAACAAAGAAGGACAUGGGUAGGAGCGCUCCUCUGCUGGCUCUCCUUAGCGUUUCACACAAAAAAAAAAGGUAAGACAGUCCAAUCUAUC